UAAGAGGUUGCCAGGCUAAGCUUAGUGGUGCUUCUCCGGUGCUGUGGCUCAGGUUUUGGUACUAAAGGCCGAGACUGUCCUGGCGUCGACGACCUCUGCGGCGAAGGGUUAGGCUCUCAGAGAGUGUAGAGUACCGUCUGGAAGAGGAGCUUCUGGUAAGCCUAGGAGGGCUCGGGCGCCAGGACCUGCGGAUCUAAGUGUGCCUUGCGCCCCCUUUUCAUCCCUCACCAUCGAGAUUGUGAAGGGGCAGCGCGUGCCUGCCUUACCGCCUGUAGGGCGAGGAAGUCCUCAGGGUCCCACGUCGCGGCCAUUGGCGAGAAGAUUCUGUCAUAAUGAAUGGAUCCAGCAUGGCAAAUACAUCACCCAGUGUAAAAUCCAAAGACGACCAGGGGUUCAGUGGCCAUGAUGAGAAGGAAAACCCAUUUGCAGAGUACAUGUGGAUGGAGAAUGAAGAGGAUUUCAACAGACAGGUGGAGGAAGAGCUGCAGGAACAAGACUUCCUAGACCGCUGCUUUCAGGAGAUGCUAGAUGAAGAAGACCAAGACUGGUUUAUUCCAGCACGAGACCUGCCUCAGGCCAUGGGACAGUUACAGCAACAGUUAAAUGGACUGUCAGUCAGCGAUGGUCAUGAUUCUGAAGAUAUUUUGAGCAAAAGUAAACUGAACCCAGACGCCAAGGAGUUUAUUCCAGGAGUGAAAUACUGAUUCAAGAGAAAGCUUCUGGGAGGACUUACCUGUUCCCACAUCUGGGGGCAGCAGUGCACAAAAGGGCAGAGCUGAAGCGGGGGUGGGGUGGGCAAGGGAUACACAGCUGGGAUGGGGAAUGGUGGUUUAGAUGGGUACUGUGACUGAGUAGCUAAUGUGCUCAGUCUUACUACAAGCCUCUUGAGUAUUUAUUUCUUUUUGUUCUACUGACUUUCAUUUGGAGCAGUUUCUUGUUUUGUUUCAAAUUAGCUCUUUUGAGUUAUGGAAAUUGCGAUCAAGAAUGUCCUGCUGUCUGUGUUAAAAAAAGCUGACCAAGCGAAGCAGGGUAUUUAAGAAAUACCCUUCUCACCUGUUGUGAGCAUACCAGGAGCAAGGAACAGCAGAGAUCUACUUGUGGAGCCUAUUAAGCUCAAUGGGAAGAGGGCCAAGCUGAAGAAAUAGAUCACGCAAACCAUGACCCUGGGGAUUUGCACACCACACUGGGGUUCUCAGUGGUCUGCUGAGCUUCUGUCUCUCUGCUCUAAACCCCAUUCCAGAAAAUAGCUAAAGUUCUUGGUUUAUAGUAACUCUUUGAAGAUUAGUGAAAGUUGUAAGGGGAGGAUUGUUAUAUUGUCACUUCAGUCAUUUAGUAACUAUUGUCCUAGUCUUAAGCCUCUAUUUACAGCUACCAUUAGAUCAUUAUCAGAUGAAAGAGAACUUAGGGUUGAUUUGCCAUCUUUUUUUUUUUCUUUUGGAUACCGGGGAUCGAACUCAGGACCUUGCACUUGCCAGGCAGGCACGGCGCCACUGAGCUAAAUCUCUGGCCCUGAUUUGCCAUCUUGACCCUCAUGGUGUCUAUUCCCCUUGACUCUUCCAUACCAGGCCUACUGUUUCUAAGGUGUUACCAAAACCAUGAGAGGCUUUCUGGCCACCAGCUUAGCCUGAAGAAAUCAUCCUUGAAUCUUUUGCUAUCUUAAAUUUAUUAGGACAACUUUUUUUUUUUUUUUUUUU